AUGUCGUCUUUCAUGUCGUCUUUCAUGUCGUCGUCUCAGAAUGAUGGAAACCAUAAACCUGCAAACACCAACGUGUCAGCCAAUUCUCGGAGCCACCGCACGGCCAAUAGAAGCAUGGCCCGGCGGGGUCCCACUGCUUUGCCCAAAAAUCGCGGCACAGGUUUCGAAGAAUACUUUGCGGACCCCCCCAUGACAGCCGGUGAAGCUGCAGAAGAAAAGCUGGAGAUAUAUGCCGAAACAGUUCCGCUGGAUGAGCGAAUUCAAUCUUGCAUUCAGCGCUUUCGAGCACGACGCCGCCUGCAAGGAGACCAAGUCGCCCUGUUCAACGAGUACCUAUUCAUGGGUGGCGUUGAUACCUCGCAGAAUUCCUUUUCCGGGCACGACCCAAAAGAUCUAAAAGAUCUCACACCAGCGGAGCGUCGCCAAGCUACCGCCAUAGAUUCCGUGCACUUUGGUUCCGGCACAGACGAACGCUUUUACAAUGGCGAUGAUGCGCACUGGUCUGUGGAUUUUGCCGGCGUGGCGGCCGGCUUCUUCUCCACGUCUUUUGGGCUCCUAACUGGUUUCCACCCCCAAAAGGCUGAAGCGGCCAUCAACCUGGUCGAAAACUUCCUGCGCUAUGUUCUGCAGCAUGGCAUCUGUACAGAGUACAAGGACAACGUCGAGUCCGCUCUGCAAGUAUGCCAACAGGCAAGAAUUGAAUGGCCCAUGCUGAACCAGCUGAGCAGCGACCUGCCUGGCUGCUUCAACCUGGCCGCGAUGGAGCUCCUGGACAAGGCCGACGCUAGCGACUGGUCGUUUCUGUCAUUCUCGCCACCGGAUGGCUUUGACGCAAAGGCUGUCUUCCGCACCGCUUGUGAGCUGCGUGGUGAAGCCGCUACCUUGGAUCUUUUCGCAAAGGGCGGUGGUGUCAAGGCACGCAGGCAGCAUGAUCUGACAGCCAAAGUCGUCAGAAUCGAUAGGCCAUCCGGCACAAUGCUCCAACAGUUCGCCGCCGUUGAGGUUGAAGGGUACAGCAAUAAGAUUGACCCAGUGGGCAAAGUGUUUCUCAAGCGGACCGUGAUCGAGGACGAGUGGGUCCGCCCACAACAACAGCCAGACCCGGAGGCGACGCCCUCUGCAGAGGAGUCGGAGUUUUGUUGUUGGUUGUAUCUGGAAGACUGUCUGCUGGAGAAUAUUCUGCCCGGCAUGAAGAUGGAGUUGACCGUUGUCGAGUUGAUCACGGGGCUGUGGAUUCUCAAGACUGUUUCGAGAAUUGUUCCCACGUUUUACACCUUCUUGCCUCAACAGAUGAUGAGGCAUUUCAAACAUCCGAGGCAGCAUGACAAGCUUGCACCAUCUGCGAACGACGCAGCUGCGGAAGAGGGACAGGCUGCAGCGGAAGUCGCCUAG